GGAUACCGGCUUGGGCUUCCGGAGCAAAGCCAUGCCCGGCAUCGCCUCCAUUGUAACCCAUUGUUGGGGGGGUCUGCGUACCCCAAUAACACCCUAAAAAGCAAGGGGGGGGGGGGGUUUCGGUGGGGGGGACGUUUCCCCCCGGUGAACAGGAGCGAUCCCAGGAGGUUUUGAGGAGCCGUGAGCGAGGACGGGAGGCACAAACCUUUGUUCCCGUGGCCCCCGUGCACCAUGGAGCCCUGGGUGAUUCUGGACCCGGGGCAGAAGGCGCUGUACCGGGAUGUGAUGCAGGAGAGCUACGAAACGCUGAUGUCCCUUGCACAGGGGCUGGUGAGAGAAAAAGCAGCGGAGGAAGGCGCCGUGGAGCAGAUCCCCGAGGAGCUCGAAGAGCGCCCGUCCCGCAGCCCGGAGAGGGCCAAAACCCUGGGCUCCAACAGGAGGAAAGCCAAACGGCCCGACAAAGCCGUGCCUCAAUGCAUCGCGAAGGUGCCCAAAACCACCCCGGCCCCGAAAUUAGAGUGCGUGAAGCCUCUCCGUGAGGCGAGCAGCAAGGGCUCGGCGCGGGAGCGGCCGUUCAGCUGCGCCGACUGUGGCAAGAGCUUCCCGUGGGCCUCGCACCUGGAGCGGCACCGGCGGGUGCACACGGGCGAGCGCCCCUUCGGCUGCCCGGAGUGCGGCGAGACCUACAGCCAAAGCUCCCACCUCCUCCAGCACCGCCGCACCCACGCCAGCGACCGGCCCCACAAAUGCGGCGAGUGCGGCAAGCGUUUCGCCGGGGCGGCCGAGCUGGCGGCGCACGGCCGGGCCCACGCGGCCGACAAACCCCACAAAUGCGGCGACUGCGGCAAAGGUUUCGUCUGGGCGUCCCACCUGGCCCGCCACCGGCGCGUCCACACCGGCGAGAAACCCUUCGGCUGCCCCGAGUGCGGCGAAGCAUUCACCCAAGGCUCGCACCUCGCCAAGCACCGCCGCAGCCACACGGGCGAGCGGCCCCACCGGUGCCCGGCGUGCGGCAAGACCUUUUGCCAAAGCUCCGACCUGGCUCGCCACCGCCGCACCCACCUGGGCAAGAAAGCUUUGCGCUGCGGGGACUGCGGCAAGCUUUUCCGAGCGGGGCCGGCGCUGGCCAGGCACCAACGGGGCCACCGGCAAGAGUGCACCCACCGCUGCGGCGACUGCGGGAAGGGUUUCGUUUGGGCGUCCCACCUGGAGCGGCACCGGCGCGUCCACACGGGCGAGCGCCCCUUCCCCUGCGGCAGCUGCGGCGAGCGCUUCGCCCAGAAAGCCCACCUCCUCCAGCACCGCAAAACCCACUCCCCCGAACGGCCCUACAAGUGCGGCGAGUGCGGGAAGCGUUUCUGGGAGGCCCCCCCUUUCCUCGCCCACCAGCAGGGCCACGUGGCCCAAAAGAGCUACACGUGCGACGAGUGCGGCAAGGGCUUCGCGUGGGCGUCCCACCUGGAGCGCCACUGCCGUGUCCACACCGGGGAGAAACCCUACGAGUGCCCCGAGUGCGGCGAAGCCUUCACCCAGAGCUCCCACCUCACCAAGCACCGCCGCAGCCACCUCCCCAAGGUGGAUUUUUCCCCGGAGAGGACCUGGCCGGCGGGGGAAAAGCCCCCCGCUGCGCCCCACUGCGCCGUGGGGUUGGCAGAGUCGCCCGGAGCCAGCAGCGGCGAGGAGCAAUGAAGGGCCCUGAGCGCCCCAAAAGAAAACUUUGGGGUGGGGACAAGAGAAAUGACAGCGAGUGACGCUUUUGAGGAGGGUGGCAGGGCUGCUCCGUGAGGUUUUAUCCUUCCUGGUGUCUCCUAGAAGCGACAGGGGAACGUUGCCUGCACCCUUGGUGGAGGGGACUCCAAAAAGGGACAUUUUUGGGGACACGAAGCCCCUUCCUGGGGGGACACACGGUGCCCUUCUCCAUUUGGAAGGGUCGAUGCGGAUUGCUGGGGCUGUCCUUGUGCCAAAAUACUUGGUUAUUUG